GCCGCCGGGAUGCCCCAACUCUCCGGAGGAGGUGGCGGCGGCGGGGGGGACCCGGAACUCUGCGCCACGGACGAGAUGAUCCCCUUCAAGGACGAGGGCGAUCCUCAGAAGGAAAAGAUCUUCGCCGAGAUCAGUCAUCCCGAAGAGGAAGGCGAUUUAGCUGACAUCAAGUCUUCCUUGGUGAACGAGUCUGAAAUCAUCCCGGCCAGCAACGGACACGAGGUGGCCAGACAAGCACAAACCUCUCAGGAGCCCUACCACGACAAGGCCAGAGAACACCCCGAUGACGGAAAGCAUCCAGAUGGAGGCCUCUACAACAAGGGACCCUCCUACUCGAGUUAUUCCGGGUACAUAAUGAUGCCAAAUAUGAAUAACGACCCAUAUAUGUCAAAUGGAUCUCUUUCUCCACCCAUCCCGAGAACAUCAAAUAAAGUGCCCGUGGUGCAGCCAUCCCAUGCGGUCCAUCCUCUCACCCCCCUCAUCACUUACAGUGACGAGCACUUUUCUCCAGGAUCACACCCGUCACACAUCCCAUCAGAUGUCAACUCCAAACAAGGCAUGUCCAGACAUCCUCCAGCUCCUGAUAUCCCUACUUUUUAUCCCUUGUCUCCGGGUGGUGUUGGACAGAUCACCCCACCUCUUGGCUGGCAAGGUCAGCCUGUAUAUCCCAUCACGGGUGGAUUCAGGCAACCCUACCCAUCCUCACUGUCAGUCGACACUUCCAUGUCCAGGUUUUCCCAUCAUAUGAUUCCCGGUCCUCCUGGUCCCCACACAACUGGCAUCCCUCAUCCAGCUAUUGUAACACCUCAGGUCAAACAGGAACAUCCCCACACUGACAGUGACCUAAUGCACGUGAAGCCUCAGCAUGAACAGAGAAAGGAGCAGGAGCCAAAAAGACCUCACAUUAAGAAGCCUCUGAAUGCUUUUAUGUUAUACAUGAAAGAAAUGAGAGCGAAUGUCGUUGCUGAGUGUACUCUAAAAGAAAGUGCAGCUAUCAACCAGAUUCUUGGCAGAAGGUGGCAUGCCCUCUCCCGUGAAGAGCAGGCUAAAUAUUAUGAAUUAGCACGGAAAGAAAGACAGCUACAUAUGCAGCUUUAUCCAGGCUGGUCUGCAAGAGACAAUUAUGGUAAGAAAAAGAAGAGGAAGAGAGAGAAACUACAGGAAUCUACAUCAGGUGGAAAACGAAGCUCAUUCCCAACGUGCAAAGCCAAGGCAGCGACCCCAGGACCUCUUCUGGAGAUGGAAGCUUGUUGAAAACCCAGACUGUCUCCACGGCCCGCCCAGUCGACCCCAAAGGAACACUGACAUCAAUUUUACCCUGAGGUCACUGCUAGAGAUGCUGAUCCAUAAAGACAAUCACUGCCAACCCCUCUUUUGUCUACUGCAAGAGCCAAGUUCCAAAAUAAAGCAUAAAAAGGUUUUUUAAAAGGAAAUGUAAAAGCACAUGAGAAUGCUAGCAGGCUGUGGGGCAGCUGAGCAGCUUUUCUCCCCUCAUAUCUGUGUGCACUUCCCAGAGCAUCUUGCAUCCAAACCUGUAACCUUUCGGCAAGGACAGUAACUUGGCUGCAUUUGCCUGUCAUGCGCAACUGGAGCCAGCAACCAGCACAUCCAUCAGCACCCCAGUGGAGGAGUUCGUGGAAGAGUUCCCUCUUUGUUUCUGUCUUCAUUUUUCUUUCUCUUCUUUUCUCCUAAAGCUUUUAUUUAACAGUGCAAAAGGAUCAGUUUUUUUUGUUUGCUUUUUUAAACUUGAAUUUUUUUAAUUUACACUUUUUAGUUUUAAUUUUCUUGUUGUAUAUUUUGCUAGCUAUGAGCUUUUAAAUAAAAUUCAAAGUUCUGGAAAAGUUUGAAAUAAUGAAAUAAAAAGAAGCCUUCUUUUUCUGAGACAGCUUGUCUGGUAAGUGGCUUCUCUGUGAAUUGCCUGUAACGCAUAGUGGCUUCUCCGCCCUUGUAAGGUGUUCAAUAGAGCUAAAUAACGUAAUAGCCAAACCCACUCUGUUGGUAGCAAUUCGCAGCCCUAUUUCAGUUUAUUUUUUCUUCUGUUUUCUUCUUUUCUUUUUUUAAACAGUAAACCUUAACAGAUGCAUUCAGCAGACUGGUUUGCAGUGAAUUUUCAUUUCUUUCCUUAUUACCCCCUUGUUGUAAAAAGCCCAGCACUUGAAUUGUUAUUACUUUAAAUGUUCUGUAUUUGUAUCUGUUUUUAUUAGCCAAUUAGUGGGAUUUUAUGCCAGUUGUUAAAAUGAGCAUUGAUGUACCCAUUUUUUUAAAUAGCAAGGCACAGUCUUUGCCCAAAACUGUCAUCCUAACGUUUGUCAUUCCAGUUUGAGUUAAUGUGCUGAGCAUUUUUUUAAAAGAAGCUUUGUAAUAAAACAUUUUUAAAA